AUGGUGCAAGGCCUCGUUCUCAAUGCGGCAGACCACCCCAUCAAGAGCGUCACCAUAUUUAAGACCUCUAAAGCGGAAGUUGUCCGUACGUUCAAGCUCGACCUGAAGGUCGGACAAAACAGGGUCGAGGUUACCGGCUUGCCUUCAUGCAUGGACACGGACUCUGUUCGUGUUACCGGUCUGGGCGAUGCCCGCCUAUUCGAUGUUAUCUGCACCAUCACGCCCUCCGCGACGCGCGUAUCGUUACCCCACAGCCCCGCAGAGCAAAUUCGGCGAUUGGAGGCCAAACGGAAGACUCUGGAGAGCAUGAAGCAUGUUCGGGAGCACGAGGAAGAUAUCUUGACCGAUUACGGCAAAAGUCUGCGGGGCGAGCACGUAUCUCCCGCUGACGCUUCCUCGUUCCUCGAUGGGUUUAUCGAACGCGCCCAAAAGAACCUCGAAGCGCUCGCGGAGCUCGACGAAGCGAUCGUUCAAGUCAAUCGUGAAAUACACACGGAGAAGGAGCGCGCUGCGAAGAAGAAAGGCGACUCCCGUGGCGAGGUCACAGUCGUCAUCGUCGCCGACCAGGAUGGUCCGGUAGAGCUCAAGCUGACAUAUAUCGUCGCCAAUGCCUCUUGGGAGAGCACGUACGAUCUCUACGCUACCACCGACAGCAGCGGCCAACCGGCGAAGUCCGUCUCGCUUAAUUACCGCGCACGCGUUACCCAAACCACCGGGGAGGAUUGGGUUGACACUUCGCUCGUACUCAGCACCGCGAGCUCCGACAUGUCAGCGACAGGCAUCCCGUUACUACGAGGGCUACGCAUCGACCCCGCUUACAAUGCUUUCCGUCCUUCGGGAGGAUUGUUCGGCAACAACACAAUCAACGUGCAGGCGCACUCGCAGAAGCAAACGAACGGGUCUGUCUUCGGAAGUAACUCUCCGUUCGGUGCUUUCGGCGGUUCGAGUACGAAUCAGGCGCCAUCGGGAACCAGUCUAUUUGGGAAAGCGGCCACUACGGCCGUCGCAUCUCAGCAGCAGGCAACAACGGGAGGCGGUCUGUUUGGGCAACCAGCAGCCGGCGCCGGCGGCCUGUUCGGCGCCGCAGCACAGGUGCAGCAAUAUCAGGUGCAGCCCGUUCAACAAUCCACCGGUUUUGGGCCGUUCGGUCAGGCUGCUCAGGCCAGCAGGCCAGCAGAUGCCUUUGAUCAGGAUGAAGACGAGUCCGUUCUCGUUGACGUGCCCAACGUCAGUGCCUUGAAAGAACCGACGACCGUGGUCAGCGAGAGCCCGCUCUCUCUCACGUACUCUGUGGACGGCAAGUCGUCCGUUCCCAGCGACGGUCUUGGGCAUCAGGUCUCGGUGGCGUCGCUUCCGUUUGAGUGUACUACGACGUAUGUAUCGGUACCACGAGCGGCGUCUGUUGCAUACCUGCAGUGCUCCGUGAGGAACACCAGCGAUUACCAGUUGCUCCCGGGACCCGUGAACGUCUUCCUGGACGAAACUUUUGUCUCGAAAACGAGGAUCAGGAACGUCGACUCCAAAGAUACCUUUGGCUGCACCUUGGGCAUCGACUAUUCCCUUGCUAUGACUUACGUGCGGCGCUCAGCCACAAAGGAAGGCGACGGUGGCGCAUUCGCCGAGAAGUACAACAGCACGACGUACACCGUUCAGAUCACCGUCAAGAACAAGCAUCGCUUCCCGAUCAAGGGUCUGGUCUUGCGCGACUCGAUUCCUACCGCCGCCGAAGCAAUCAAGCAGAAGGUCCGCGUCAUCCUGCGCAAGCCGGACGGUUUGGCGGACGCAUCGCAGGGCGAGACCGUCUCGGUCGAGGUCAAGGGUGGGAAGGCCAAAGCGAAAUGGGCAGCGGAUGGAGAGAAGGACGGGAAAUACGAUUGGGUGUGCGAUCUGGAGCCUGGGAAGGAGUUGACGCUGGAAACGGUAUACGAGGUUCGAGCGCCGGCUGACAUGGCCUGGAAUUUGGCUUUCUGAGACGGAAAUAUCCGUUUCGUGUGCGCUCGGGUGUAGCGUAUCCUCCUGUACUCAUACAUACAUGCAAUGC